AUUAACGCAGUACGCUUUACGCGCAAAAUAAUAGAUUGUCAACCUUUUUACGGUUUUAGAAAAUUAAGCAUCUUUAUUUAUUUUAUUCGCAAUGAAGACGUGCGCAAGUUGCAACGAGCAAUUCAAUGACGGAGUUCAAUGUACGAGAUGCAGAAAGUACCUGGACUUCUCUUGUGCCGGCAUGACUGAACUUGGUUGGAGGAAAUUGGGUGCUGACAGAAGAGCCCAAUGGAAAUGUCCUGCGUGCCGAACGUCGUCGCCGAAUUUACUUUCACCGCAACCUACGGCUUCGCUGGAUACAGUGCUGAGUGAGAUUCGAGAAAUGAAGCAUCAGCUACUGGACCUACCGACCUUAGUUAAUGACUUAAGAUCGAUCAAGGAUGAGCUAAGUGAUCUCAAAAAAUGCUAUGAUUUUUCUAGUGGUAGGCUCGAUGAGUUCGACACACGACUUAUCAAUCUGGAAUCGAAAGUGUCAGAGUUUGAGAAGGUCCGGGACACAGUCCUCUCACUGCAAUCUGAGUUAGCCUCAGCAAAGCUCGAGCUUAUGUCACAUGAUCAGCGAUCCCGGUUAAAUAACGUGGAGAUCAAAGGAGUGCCCCUCAAGAAGGAUGAGAAUUUAUUCUCAAUCGUCGAAGCCAUCGGCCGUAAAAUCAAGCACAAUUGUCCUAAGGCCCAAAUUAAUUACAUCUCUAGGGUGCCUAUACAUAACUCUAAGGAGAAAUUAGUAAUAGUGAGCUUCCUGAAUAGGUACGUAAAAGAGGAUUUUGUUGCGGCUGCGCGAGCAGACAAGGACCUGUCUACAUCGGAUUUAGGUUUCCAAGGAGCACCACAGCGUGUUUAUGUGAAUGACCACCUAAGCGUCGAAUCUAAAAAACUUUUAAAUAAAACCAAAACCAUCGCUAAAGAGAAACAUUAUGAAUUUGUGUGGGUGAAACAUGGCAAAAUUCAUGUACGCAAAAACGUUAAUUGUAAAACUUUUAUAGUUCGGAAAGAGCAAGAUUUAAACAAGAUUGUUUAAACCGCUACAUAUGUGAUCUUAUAAACUUAUGUUUUACUUUUAAAAUCGAUCAAUGUUUAAUAAUUAUUUAUUGUAAAAGGUUUUGCACCUCUGCUUCGCUAAUGAGUUUCUUUUGUUCUCGUCAUCGCGCUGUUUGUAUUGGGGAUCUGAUUCAUAACUAUAUAUUUGACUCGCUUACACUUACGCUCCUGAUGUAUUACUGCUUACUCGCUCACUUAGUUAUGUCCUACGUAAUAUCGGAUGAUUUGCAAACUUUUGCUACUUUAAUUUGUAUUUACCCACUUUUCAAAUAUUUUUUUCUGUCUUCCGUAAUUAAUAGAUAUUUUUAUUUUUAUUUUGUUAUGCACUUGGUAGUCGUUUUUUGUUACAGUGAUGUGUAUGCCGUUAUUGUUGCAUAUUUUAGCUAUGGAUGAUAACAAUUAUCAGCGACUGACUGUUUAUUACCAGAAUGUACGGGGACUGCGAACAAAAACGGACUCGUUCUAUCGUCAGGUUUUAUUAAAUUCUUACGAUGUUAUUGUUCUAACGGAGACGUGGCUAAUCGAUGGUGUCUUAAACUCGGAGUUGUUUGAUGACCGGUAUAUAGUGUGGCGCCGUGACCGGGAUUAUGCUAUGACUGGACAAUCGCGUGGUGGUGGUGUGCUAAUCGCGACGCGCAGGGAGUUACCCGUUACCCAGGAACCGUUCCUCCACUCUUCAGCAGAAGACCUUUGGAUUAGCAUACGAUUUAAAAAGUUGAACUCACGAGAUUUCGUAAACCUAUACAUUUGUGCUGUUUAUUUAUGUAAACAAAACAACGGUUAUUCGUUCUCGAAUCAACUUAACAAUUUUUUUACUAAAUUAAACCAAACUACCUUAAAUAAUUUUUCCGAUGUGUUUUUAAUUGUAGGUGACUUUAAUGUGAGUGGAAUUUCGUGGACUUCAUCCAUUAAUAAUUCGCUAAACCCAGUGAAC